UUCCCAUCGCUUACGGAAAGACAGCUCUUAAGUACAUCAAAGGCGAUGCAAAUAUGGUUUCAUUUGCCUCUGACCUCAAAACAGCUCUUAAGUACAUCAAAGGCGAUGCAAAUAUGGUUUCAUUUGCCUCUGACCUCAAAGUUACCAUUUUUGGCAGAACUGAAGACCGAAAGCUUUUAGACAUUGAGGUUGAGGGAAAGCGAGGAUUCGCUCCGAUAUCUCAUAUAAGAGAAGAACUAAUUUUGAUUAAAGAUCCUAAUAUUGUGGUCAAAAUCAACGAUACGGUUGAGGGAAAGCGAGGAUUCGCUCCGAUAUCUCAUAUAAGAGAAGAACUAAUUUUGAUUAAAGAUCCUAAUAUUGUGGUCAAAAUCAACGAUACGGUUAAGACCAAUGAGUCAAACAAUGGUCUAAACAAUGAAAAUGCAGAUUUGGAAGAGAAGAAAAGUGCCAUCGAUUUGAGUACACAAUCUUCGCCCAUAUAUUCUUCAUUGAGUGAAGAAUCGUCUGAAUUGCAAACAAAGACACCGACACGAGACCAGUACACUGUUGUCGACGGCACCUCUUUGAUGGUUGAAGAUAUGGACAUGUAUUUGGUAACGUCUCCCGUUAUACACACCCAACCCAUGACUGCCACCAAAUCGGCUACAAUUGAACUUAAUUUAGACAAUAUUACAGAAGUUAAACCAAACAAUGACUUUAACAGUAAUACAGACAAUCAAUUGGUGACCAAUCAAUCGGACAAUACAUUGCAAUCAAUGGAUAAAUUAAAUCCUUCAACAAUUUCUGCUCCAAAUGAAGACAAAAGUAUUAUUGAAAAUGAGACAAAAGAUGUCACGAAUGAGAGACAAAAUGAUGACAUCGCAGAUGAUGUCGAAAUAGUGGAUAAUAGUAGUAAAAGUGAAGUGAAAUCAGUUGAUAAUGUUAUUGAAAAUGAUAACAAAUCCAUUUUACAAGACAUUGAACCGAUUCUUAAUGAUAGCUCUAAGCCUGACGCCGACUCAUCCAAUAUUCCUCACGAUUCCAACGAUAAUAAGUUAUCAGAAACUGAUAUCUCCGAUGAAAGUUCUAAUACUAAUAGCACUGCCAUUAAAGUCGAUUCAAAACCAAACGACACUUUAGAAACUGGA